AUGGGCCGUGUUUGCACCAAGGCUGUCAAGAAGGCGGCCUGGGUCAUCAUCGAGAAGUACUACAUGCGCCUGGGCAAUGACUUCCACACCAACAAGCGCGUGUGUGAGGAGAUCGCCAUUAUCCCCAACAAGAAGCUCCGAAACAAGAUAGUGGGCUAUGUCACACAUCUGAUGAAGUGGAUCCAGAGAGGCCCUGUGAGAGACAUCUCCAUCAAGCUGCAGGAAGAGGAGAGAGAGAGGAGAGAUAAUUAUGUUCCCAAGGUCUCAGCCCUGGAUCAGGAGAUCAAUGAAGUUGACCCUGACACUAAGGAGAUGCUGAAGUUCUUGGACUUUGGCAGUCUGUCCAACCUGCAGGUCACUCAGCUUACAGUUGGGAUGAAUUUCAAAACACCACGUGGAGCUGUUUGACCCCUUCUGCUGUAAUAUUAUCAAUAA